AUGGCAACGACCAAGAGAACUUUGCAGUGUUUGUUGAGCAGAGUUUGCAGGGAGACUAGGAGGACUUAUGGGGUUCUCCCUCAACCACCUCCACACAACUCUUCCUCCUCCUCCUCCUCCUCCUCCUCUCAACAUCUCAUCAACUUGGAGUAUGAAUACAGUGCCCACAAUUACCAUCCAGUUCCAAUCGUCUUCUCUCAAGCAAAGGGAUCCUCUAUAUGGGACCCCGAAGGCAACAAAUACUUGGAUUUUCUCUCAGCAUACUCAGCUGUUAAUCAGGGACAUUGUCACCCAAGGAUCAUGAAAGCAUUACAUGACCAAGCACAAAAGCUCACUCUCAGUUCUAGAGCCUUCUAUAAUGAUAGAUUUCCAGUAUUUGCAGAGCGCCUAACAGAUAUGUUUGGCUACGAUAUGGUGCUACCAAUGAAUACUGGUGCUGAGGGUGUGGAAACAGCUUUGAAGUUGGCAAGGAAAUGGGGAUAUGAAAGGAAAAAAAUUCCCAAUGACGAGGCUAUAAUCAUCUCUUGUUGUGGCUGCUUUCAUGGUCGUACAUUGGCUGUCAUCUCAAUGAGCUGUGACAAUGAGGCUACUAAAGGUUUUGGGCCAUUGCUGCCUGGCCAUCUUAAAGUUGAUUUUGGUGAUGAAGUUUUAUUGGAGAAAAUAUUUAAAGAUCAAGGAGAACGGAUAGCUGGAUUUCUUUUUGAACCCAUUCAAGGCGAGGCUGGGCCCACUUCUCUUUUUGACAAUGGCAGAAAGGUUUUCUGCACCACUUUGGGGUGGUUGAUGGGGAGGGAGAAGCUGCUUCUUUCACCUCUUAAGGUUGUAAUUCCUCCAGAUGGUUACUUAAAAGCUGUCAGAGAUCUUUGCUCAAAAUAUAAUAUUCUGAUGAUAGCUGAUGAAAUUCAAACUGGUUUAGCACGAACAGGAAAAAUGCUGGCUUGUGAUUGGGAACAAGUUCGCCCUGAUGUAGUGAUUCUAGGAAAGGCAUUGGGUGGUGGAGUGAUACCUGUCAGUGCCGUUCUCGCAGACAAAGAUGUAAUGCUUUGUAUUCGACCAGGAGAACAUGGAAGCACAUUUGGGGGAAAUCCUUUAGCCAGUGCAGUUGCCAUUGCUUCGCUAGAUGUGAUCAAAGAAGAAGGGCUUGCUGAGAGAUCUGACCGUUUGGGGCAGGAACUCAGGCAUCAGCUACUUAAGGUUCAGCAGCAGUUUCCAGACAUCAUUAAGGAAGUUCGAGGUAGGGGUUUGUUCAAUGCUGUGGAGUUCAAAAGCAAGACUUUGUCCCCUGUUUCCGCAUAUGAUAUUUGUCUGAAGUUGAAAGAUAGAGGAGUUCUUGCUAAGCCUACACAUGACACUAUUGUCCGGUUAACCCCUCCACUUUCCAUGAGUUCGGAUGAGCUCCAAGAAGGCUCGAAAGCUUUGGGUGAGGUUCUGGAACUCGAUCUACCAAAGAUGAAGAAGGCCAAACCCGAAAAGUUGUCGUCAACUGCUUCGACCACAUGUGACCGUUGUGGGCGAAACCUGUAUGGUUCUUCGGAUUAG